AUGAAGAUUUACCUCCUGCUUGCCGCGUUGUUCCCUCUUCUCUAUGGCGUCGACGCUCGCCAGUUCAUCUAUCGAAAUGUCACCAUUGCUCACUGUCCAGCUCCUGAUGGAGAGUUCUGCUAUGAAGACCGCAAUGGUCCUAUGGUAAUCAAAUGUGUCAAAAACUCGAUUGUUGGAACCAUCAACUGCAAGAAACAUAAGGGUGAUCAAAAUGCUAUGUGCUUUGAAUCGUCUGAAACCGCCGGAGAUGCAACUUGCUUGCAUAGGGGCACGGGCUUGAUGUCACCAGCUGUUGAGAAAGACUCAUCUACCCCAAUGCCAUAUGUGAAAUCUCCUAGAUCAUUGAUUGGAACUCAGCCUGUGGCUUCAACUUUCUUCGGCAUCAAGGAGCCUGCCACCACACCUCAGAGCCUCCCUACCGAAUUAGUUGUUUCUACCCUGGUUUCCAUUCCUCAAUUUACUAGGUCUUCUGGUAUGACUUGGACUCCCGCAGGCAAAGUUGCUCAAUCUUCAGCUCAGCUUCGAACUGAAUCAGUUGCCUCUACUUUUGCCCCUGAUUCCCAGGUUGGAAUGUCUGUCAUCCUUUCUGGACUUCCAAUUGAAAGCACUACCACACUCUCCGCUACCACUACUACUACGGAUGUAGUCCUAACCAGCCUGUGGACCAGUGCUCGCACCCGCGAGAUUCCAAGCUUUGUCACCCCUGAGCCUCUAGUCAGUUAUCCAACCUCUGAAGUCACCACUAAGCAUGAGGAAGUUAGACUUUCUUCUACACAUUGCUCCGCCACUAUUCAGCCUACUUCGGUGCCUUCUACCUUUACAGCUUCUCUUCCCUCGGCUUCAACCACUACCACUUCCUGGUCUUCAGAUGUGGUUACUCUCGAGCCAACUGUGACUAACAACACCACCGUCUCAAGCACUUCGACAACUACAACCACUAUGUUUAUCACUUUCAUGUCACCUGCUACUACCCCUGCAAUUACCACGGCAAUUACCACUGCAAUGACCGAGACCAAGAUCACUGAGCAGCCUCAGCAGGGACCAACCACCGAGUCAAAGGAAGUCACUCAAACCAGUGUCACUUUGUCCCCUAGCACCAUUCAGUCCACUAGCAUUGUGAUCUACACCUCCCACGCUACUUCCUCUGCUUCCAUGCUUCCAACUCAGUUUACUCAACUUACCUCCUCUGAGGUGGUCACUGCAUCUGUCUCGUUCACCUCAACUACCCUGACAGUUCGUACCAAUAGCACCUUUGUCCAUUCUACUCCAACCUAUAGCAUUGCCACUUCUACCAUUGUCAAUGCUGCUGAGGAGAACACAACAGAUGCUAAGCUUGCUUAUCUGUUCGGUCUCAUCGUUGCCUUCCUCGUUCUGGUCUGA